AUGCGGUUCCCGAAACGCGGCAAGAAGCCCAGUCAGGAUACUGCCAACAUUGCCCACGAUGGCUCUACGCCGCCUGCGAUAUCACCGCCGAAUGAAGAGGGCGACGAGGCAAAGAAUGAUAUCAGCCUGGCGCGCACCAAGACCGAGGACAUUGUCUAUCCGACGGGGCUCAGGCUUGCCCUGCUCAUGACCAGUGUCUUUAUUUCCAUGUUCUUGGUGGCACUCGACCGUCUCAUCAUCUCGACGGCCAUCCCGCAGAUCACGGACGACUUCCACUCCGUCACGGACAUCGGGUGGUACGGCUCGGCCUACCUGCUGACCAACUGCUCGUUCCAGCUGAGCUUCGGCAAGCUGUACAGCUUCUUCAGCGUCAAGGGCGUCUUCCUCGUCUCGAUCGGCCUGUUCGAGAUCGGCUCUGCCAUCUGCGGCGCCGCGCCCAACUCGGUCGCGUUCAUCGUCGGGCGGGCGAUCGCCGGGCUCGGGAGCGCGGGUAUCUUCUCUGGUGGUAUCACGGUUAUUGUUUAUGCUGUGCCUCUCCACAGGCGACCUCUCUUCCAGGGCAUGUUUGGGGCGGUCUUCGGGCUUGCUUCUGUUAUUGGGCCUCUGCUUGGUGGCGCGUUCACGAGCAAGGUUAGCUGGAGAUGGUGCUUCUACAUCAACCUGCCGAUCGGCGGUGCCGCCAUGAUCUUCAUCUUCUUCCUCCUCAAGGUCCCGGACCGAGACACGACGCGUCUCCCGAUGAGGCAGAAGCUGGCCCAGCUCGACCCCAUCGGACUCACCCUGCUCCUCCCGGGUGUCAUCUGCCUGCUGUUGGCUCUGCAGUGGGGUGGUCUUGAAUAUCCAUGGCGAAACGGCCGCAUCAUCGCCCUUCUUACACUGGCUGGUGUUCUCCUGCUUGGGUUCAUCGCGUGCCAGAUCCUCAAGCCCAAUACCGCGACCAUCCCGCCCCGUAUCUUCUGCCAGCGUAGCAUCAUGGCUGGGUUCUGCGCCACCUUCUGCAUCGGGUCCUCGAUGAUGAUCUUCGUCUAUUACCUUCCGAUCUACUUCCAGGCCAUCAAGGGCGUCAACGCCGUCGACUCCGGGAUCCGCCUGCUCCCGAUGGUCCUGCCCAUGGUCGUCGCGUCCAUCGCGUCGGGCAUCCUGAUCGCCAAGGUCGGCUACUACACGCCGUUCAUGCUCGGGGGCAUCGUCCUCCUCUCGAUAGGGGCGGGCCUCCUCACGACGCUGCAGGUCAGCACCGAGCAGGCCAAGUGGAUCGGGUACCAGGUCAUCUACGGCUUCGGCAUGGGCCUCACCUUCCAGGCGCCCAACCUCGCGGCGCAGACGGUCCUGCCCAACCGCGACGUGCCCAUCGGCACCUCGCUCAUGUUCUUCUCGCAGCUGCUGGGCGGGUCCAUCUUUAUCUCCGUGGGGCAGAACGUCCUCAACAACGAGCUGGUCGAGCACCUGUCGGGCGUCGCCGGGUUCGACGCGGCCUCGAUCCGCGACGCCGGCGCCACGACGCUGACGCACCUGCCCGAGCCGCUCAGGUCCGCCGUGCUCGCCGCGUACAACGAGUCGCUGCGGACCGUGUUCCAGGUCGGGCUCGUCAUGACGUGCCUCACCAUCCUCGGCGCGGCGAGCCUCGAGUGGCGCAGCGUCAAGAGCAAGAAGCCCGCGGCCAAGACGGAGCAGCACGCCCAGGGCUCUGCGGAGGCGGGCGCCGCGGCUGCCAUGGUCGAUGCUGAGGCGGGCGGCGCUGGGGCCGUGCCGCCCAAGAGCCGCUCUGGGGAGUUGCGCCGCUCGGUGGAUGCGGAGAAGCGUGCUGCUGGUGACGAGGCUGGUUCUCAGUCUGAGGGGGAGAAGGUGGAUGCGUCGAGGCGAGGGUGA